AUGUCUGACUCGGAUGAUGGAAACCCGGCCCCAGGUGGCCCGGAGAGUCCCGAGGGCGAGGUGGGAGCCUGGGUCAGGGCAGCUGGAGCUGAGGAUGCUGUGAUCUUCCACUCGGGGCCCCAGGGGGGCGGGGAUGCCGCAGCCUGGGCGGUGGGAGUCUCAGGAGCUGUGGGAAGCCUGGGGGAGGAGGCCGGGGCAGUGGGAGCCCUGGAGGGCAGCAACAGUGAGGAAGAUUCCGACAUCUGGCUGGCCGACGACGGGGAGGAGAACAUGGAGCGGGGCCCGGACAUGGUGAUGGAUCCCAAUCAGUUACCUUUGGCGGGCUUCAAUAUCAUGUUCCUGGACCUAGUGCGCACAAUGCUGCACCGCCUGUACCACAACGACCACAUCCUCAUUCGUCCCUGCGGGGGCCACAGUAUCAUCCUGCCCAGACCUCAGGUGGCUGGCCAGGCGGCCCAGAUCCGCGUGCUCUCGGUGCCCGAGGCCUCCGGAGAGGGGGCUGUAGCUAUGCUGCCCGCGGGCCCCGGAGACGGAGCCGUGGGCUCUGGAGAGGGGUCUCUGGCCUUCCCAGAGCCCGAGGAUAAGGCCGAGGCCGCAGUGGAGGAGGAGUCUGCCGCUGGGGAGAAGGCGGAGGAGGUGGAGGAGGAGGANCCUCCCAGAGCCUGA